AUGUCUAAUCCCUUUGAUGAAGAUGCAUACAGAGAGGACGUUCCACUAAUGACCCUUGCUACAGGAGUAGUUAUGCCAGAGGAGAUAUCAGAGCAACUUAUUGAUGCCCCAUGUCUAGGAGCAGCGAGGAUGAAGUUAUUUGGGAGCAAGUGUAUCAAUACCAAUGAAGUUGGGUUUUGGUACAACAGCAGAUGAUGUAAGGUACACUCAUGGUCAAAUCAUGAAUUCUACGUAACUUAUUAGUUAAAAUGCAUGUAAAGAGCUGGGUACUGGGUGUUCUGUAAGAGAAAACAGAAAAACGAUGGACUGCUGCCCACCUCUGAUGGUCUCCUGCUGCACAUUCAGUGUGCCAAUCACCAGGCAAUGAUUCGGAAGCCAUGUCUGCAAGCCUUUCAGCAAUUACCACAGCCAGUGGGAAAUGGGUGGGAGAAGGGCGAUGAUGGCUACCUGAAGCCCCCUCUGAUUACCAGGGAUGCUGCGCCAAAGGGAUUAGCAGAGUUCACAGUCUGCAAACCAUAAAGACAGCCUGCAAGUCGGCUUCUUGUGUUUGUAGAGUCAAUGAGUUAUCGUGCACAAAGGCUUGUGCUUGCAUGGCCUAUGAUUGUGAAAAUCCUAACACUGGUUUUGAUGAAUUAGAGUGUCCGAGUGAUGGUGAGGAGUAG